CUACCUAUUACUUUGUCCUCCCACUGCAGUUUUCCAGUCAAUUCUUCAUUUCUACCCCUUUGCAUAUAAUCUGAAUAGAGACAGAGAGGGAGACAGCCAGUACAAGAUGCUUCUGACAAAGAUUUUCCCGCUGAUAUAAACGAUUCCCAUUUCAGACAAUCGGUUAAACCGUUGUCCGAAAGCAAAUUUGUUCUUAUGAGCGCUGGGAACCAGGGGGGACAUUAUUAUUACUAUACAAACUGCAGAGGUUUCUGGGAAACAGUCUUUAUAAAUGCCAUUGCAGUUGCUGAGCCUAUCAUGGGAGGAGCUUCCGAGACGGCUUUGCACUGGUUAAGGCCGCUGGUGGAGUCCAAGAAUUGGGAUUACUGCGUUGUUUGGAGAUUGGGCGAUGAUCCUUCCAGGUUUAUUGAGUGGGUGGGGUGUUGUUGUUGCGGUGCGUAUGGGGUUCUUUGCAAUGUGAAGAAGGAAAAGGGGAUGGAGGAGCAGGAUUUGGGUCCUUUGUGCAGGGAUGUUCAUGUUCAGCAUCAUGUGAGAACUAUGGCUUGUGAAGCACUUGCUGGUUUUCCUAGCUCUAUUCCCUUGUAUUCUGGGAUUCGAGGAGAGGUAGUGAUAUUGAAUGAGCCCAAGUGGUUAAUCCAUGGAUAUGCAUCAGAUUCAAAGGCCCCAGAUGGGAUCAGUGGUACUCAGGUUUUGAUUCCUGUAGCUGGUGGUCUUAUUGAGCUCUACAGUUCAAGGCUGAUCCCAAAAGAUCAGAAGACAAUAGAGUUUGUUAGCAAUAGGUUCAAGUUCUAUGUAGAAGAAGCCAUGAAUGAUAUGGCCUAUUUCAGUAUGAGCAGACAACAGCAAGCUCUUGAUUUAUCUCCCAAUGAGUGCCAAAGUAGCUGGUUGGCUCCUUUGCACUCUGCUGAUUUGCCUGAACCCUGCAGUAACCCGAGCAUCCAAGGAUCGUCUACUGGCUCUACUCCUGCAAGUACCGAACGCUUGCAGUGUGAUUCGGUUUCUAACCUUGUGUCUCUAAGCGAAUCGUUUAACCAGUCAAAUGACCUGUUCAACGAGAAAUUGAAGCUGCAUUGCAAUCAACAUCCAACCACGAUGAAAAGCGAUGAAUUUUCACUGAGUUGUGUAACCUAUGAUAUUGCUAGAAAUGCCAUUGUGACUGGCCAAAAGAGGCAGAGAGGACAAUACCGUUCUAAGAAUCUCGUGACAGAGAGAAACAGAAGAAACAAAAUAAAAGACGGUCUCUUUGCUCUAAGGGCUCUAGUUCCCAAUAUUACUAAGAUGGACAGGGCGUCAAUACUUGGAGACGCUAUUGAUUACGUAAGGGAACUUCAACAGAUUGUGAAGGAAUUAGAGGACGAGCUGAACGAGAUUGAUGCAGAAGAUGAAAGUCAGAGAAUAGCUGAACAUGUGACCCCCGACCUUAACGGAAAGAGCAAAGAUAGUGAACAAACUUCUAAGAAGAGUAACAACGUCCUGAAGAAGGCACACGUGGAAGUAAACCAGAUUGAUUCGAGAGUUUUCAUGCUUAGAGUCAUCGGAAAACACAGCAGAUGUGGAUUCUCGAGGCUGAUGGAAACUAUGGAUUCACUAGGACUUCAAGUACUGGAUGCUAAUGUUACCACACUCAAUGAAGAGGUCUUGAGCAUCUUCAGAGCAGAGGCGAAAGCAGAUGGAAUGUGCAAUUCGCGAACGCUAGAAUGUGCAUUGGCUGAGCUAACAAAUUGAAUGUCUCAAGACAGGUCUGCAAAUCAAAGAAUAGGUAUCUAGUUUAAACUGUAUAUCCAUUGUGCAUCCCUCCUUUGAUCUGAACUCUGCCCCAAAUGAAAGUUAGUAUCUUAGUAGUAAUUUCAAAAUCUUUUUGUUAUGUUGAAUGAACUCUUUGGAAGUUAAUGGAGGAAGAACCAACUUUCUAUGGAAACAA